GGAGCAGAAGAGGAAGAGACGGGGGCGCAGUUCACCUCCGACGGGCGAGGCACUCGCCACGGACAUGGCGGGCGAGCGCCGCGCGGCAUGCGAGGGUCGCGACAUGACCACCGUCGACGACCUCUGCACCGCCGACAAGCCAGCGUCGCGCGCCGUCCCCACCGUCCGCGACCUCUGCGCCGCCAACAAGACAACGUCGCGCGCCGUCCCCGCCGUCCCGGAGUUCGCUGCAGGCGAGGAGCUGCCGAAUCCACUUUUAAACGAAGAUACAAUUCCUGAGCCUUUGGAGUCAAACAACAACAGUCAAAAGGAUGAUUCAGGGGUUGAUAGCAUGAAUGAACAAGAGGAGCAAAGUAUAGUUGAUAUGACAGAAUCAGAUGCAUCAGACGUCAUGCUGAUCAAUGGCCUGAGAACAAUUUUACAGAAAAGACAAGAGAGGAAGCAGGAGAGGAGUGCUUUGAAAGAGAAAAGGAAGAAGAGGACAAGGGCAGAGGAAGGAAAAGCCAAAGGGCACAUGAACAAAGGAAGAGCAACUGCAUACAACAUGUUUAGCAUUGGAUAUUUCGCGAAGAUUGUUGAUGUUGUGUGCAAAAGCAAUCAUAGGAUGGAGGUUGUCAGGAACGGCGGUUUUGGAUACUUGCUCGAGCUAGAUGAUUGUUAUGUUCCAAGGCCUUUUGCUCAGUGGGUCGCGGACAACAUAUCCACAAAAGAGGAAGCAAUUGUACUUGGUGGCAAAUCAAUCUCUCUCAACCCUGAAGCCGUAUCAUUAGUUCUUGGUAUACCAGCAGGAAGAACAAAGAUCAGAGUGCUCGACGAGGAGUCCGGGAAAGCGGUGUUUCUACCACUGUUUGGGCUAACAGAUCUUCCAUCAAUAAGUUUCUUCGGGAAUAAGCUUAUGAAGGAAGAGCUGCCUGACGACGUUUAUCUUCGCUGCUUCUUGACUGUCGCCCUAGCAACCUUCCUGUGUCCCACAUCCAACACAAAGCCAAGCACCAAAUAUUUGGGAGCACUUGUGGAUGUGUCAAAGUACAAAGAUCUUGAUUGGUGCUCUUUUGUCCAUACAUGGAAUAUCUCUAUGUCAAGAAGUACCAAACAGACAAGCUGAAGCAGAAACGGAUAACAACGACUUUGGGAGGCUGCAUAUAUCAGCUAGCAGUUCGGUGUCUAGACUUCAACAAUUUUGGAUCAAUAACAAUCCCUCCAGCACUACCUAGGAUUUGUUUCUGGAAAGGACAAACCAUUAAACAUUUCAGUGAUAUGCUCCUCGGGAAAGAUGGACUCUAUGGAGCUCUUCAAAUCAAAGAUGAGGCAGAAACUUGCUAUGCACAAACUGACGGUGCAUGGGCAAGCACCGCCAAGAACUCAAACAUAAAAAAAGCUAUACAAAGGGUCUUAGGCAACUCUUUUUCAGAGAAGGUAAAAUGCAUCAGACUUGAUGCAGACAGCAACUUCAACACCUAAUUUUAGUGAUAACCCACAAGUAUAGGGGAUCAAUUGUAGCCUCUUUCGAUAAGUAAGAGUGUCAAACCCAACGAGGAGCUAAAGGUAGAACAAAUAUUCCCUCAAGUUCUAUCGACCACCGAUACAA